AUGUCAACAGCCAUUCAGUCCCAACCACCACCGACGUCGACAUCGUCCUCUUCCUCCUCGUCUCACUCUCAAACCCCUAUCACUCUAGCUGAGCCUAUCUCAUCAAUCCCAACGAGUCAAUCUACUCUACCACCCUCAUACUCUUCGAUCCCUCAUCCGCCGCGUCCCAACUCAAUCAUCAAUCGUCAAGAGGAGAAACAGGCUUUGCGGGAUGCUCGACAUUUGGUAGAGGAAGAGGUGGAAUAUAAUAGAGGUUAUCUCUCACCUGGUAGGAUAGGUCCAAUGAGCCAAAAUCCAAGUAAGAGUUCAGGCAGCAACAGUAAUUCCGGUAGUCCUGGAGUAGGGGCUGGUCCAGCUAAUCCUUCUAGCGGAGUAGGAGUAGGAAUGGGAUCAGGAUUAGAUGAGAGUGAACAACGUAUCGAUGGUGAUGGUGAUGACAAUGGGGAUCUGGAAAUUGGUCAUAGAGGUUAUCUACCUCCUGGAUUAGAUGUCCGAGAUGCACUGGCGAAAUGUGAAGAUCCAACGUUAGGUUGGAGUCUGCAGUUUUGGGUUACUAUUGCUGAUCCUUCGACCCAACACGUCUUCUUCGCUUGUCCUGCCUCUGGACAAUGUAGUUGGGAUCCACCGGUAGGGGCAUUUGUCGUACCACGAUCACCCGAUGGAGAAUGGUGGGAACUCGCAGAUGCUACUAGAGGCAAUAGAAGUUAUUACUAUAAUACAUUAACUGGCAAAACUCAGUGGACUAGACCUGGAGGUAAUGCGUUUGUGAUCCCACUCGGGUUGAUACAGCGAGCUGCACUGCCUAAUCGACCCACUGCCCAAUCCCCCUCAUCAUCCUCCAAUCCUACAUCAUCGCGGAUAGUCCCUACUACACCUUCCCGAUCAAACAGACAGAAUCGAUUGUCCAACCUAUUCUCACCUAACCCAAUUCAAUCCCCAUCUACCCCAGGAACGAACAAAGCAUAUCCUCGACCACCUUAUUCACCUCUGAACAGUAUCCCACGUCCUAUACACUCACCAUCAAAAUCGAAUCGGUCAUCCUCACUUACACCUAGUUCAUCUUACGGUAAUGGCAACAGUACCUCCCAUUCACAGACGUUAGAGGCUAUUGUCUUGGGACAUUUCGCAACACCUAGCUCCUAUACUGCUAAUGGAAAUGGUCAGGAGAAUAAUUUGAUGGGAGAUGGACUGAACACCAACACAAACAUAAUAUCGCAUAAUGCUUCUGAUUCGUUAUCUUCCAAUCCGAUAAGUUAUACCGAUGGGUCACAAUUGAGUGUAGUAGAGGAAGGAUCAGGUAACGAGACUGAUAUGUCGGAUUUCACAACUCCCGGAUCAGCAGGUGGAGGAUGGUGGGAAAAAAGGAAAUCACAGGUGUUAACUGUGAAGACUGGAUUCAAAAGUCCUGGAAGGAGAUUUAAAGGAUUGAGUUUGGGUUUGGGCGAAGGUAGCCCUAGUCCCAGUGAUGGUAUCACCAGCUCAUUAGCUAGAGGAUCACCUCUCAAGAAAUCCCGUACCACGAUCACUGGUCCAAUUUUCGAAUCGAACGAAUCUAAUUCUGAUACUCAGGGAAAUGAAACGGAUACACCGACAGAAUUGACCGUCAUGAAUGGCGUGAAUGGUACGAGUGGAAGUACCACACCUGGGUUACCUAGAAUGCCCGCCGAGCCGAUCUAUGUGGAACAGGUUGGAAGUGUCAAGACGAAGAGGCUAUCUACUGGAUUACAUCCCCUCCUCCCCUCAGAGAUCAGCAGUGAAAUCCUAGCGUUCCAAACGGAUGAUUUCGCCCGCAAGUACUUUGCCACUAAACGAUCAGGAAUAAUGAGACAGAAAGUACCUGUUGAGCGGAUCCUCAACUGGCAGAAAAAUCCUAUCACGUCACCUCUACUGGUUUUAUCCAAACAUUUGGCCAAAGAUGCAAUAGUCACGUUCAAAGUGAUUCAACAUGUCAUGGGAGAAAGGGAUAAACCGGUCGAUAAUGCCAAACCGCUACUGUCUAGUAGUUCGCAUUUGAAUUUGGCGAGUCUAGCGUUGAAUGGAAGGAAAGAUGAUAAAGGUCAUCCGGAUAGGAAUGGCAGGUUGGCGAAUGGAUUUGCACCUCACAAUGAACCUGAACCUAGCGGUACCGAAGGAAUGGGAGGAGGAGCAGGUAUCAAAAAUGAUAAGAUGCAAGUGUUAGAGGAAAUUAGAUGGAUGAUCCAACUUUCGGUAGCAUCGAGUGAGAUGAGGGAUGAAGUUUAUUGUCAAUUGAUCAAACAGUUGACUAAAAAUCCUAAUCAUGACGCGGUCGUAUUGGGUUUCCAACUUUUCUGCGUACUUGUAAAUGCUUUUGGACCAAGCAAGAAUUUCGAACCGUUCGUCAAGAAUUUCCUGCGGAUCAAUGCGGGUGAAAAAGCAGAUGGGAUAGGAAUAAUGUCCAAGUAUUGUAUUGGCAAAUUGGAGGUCCUCGCUGCGAAAGGUGGAAGAGGGAAAGCUCUGACUGUAGGAGAAAUCGAGCAUGCCAGUGACGCAGCAUUCUACCCAUCUGUUUAUGGCGAAUCCCUCGAUCGAAUAAUGGAUCUACAGAAACGUGCCUACCCCACAUUGAAAGUGCCUGUGAUAUUGCCUUUCUUGGCGGAUGGGAUCUUGGCUUUGGGUGGAUUACAAGCCGAAGGUAUAUUCAGAGUACCGGGCGAUGGAGAUAGUGUGAAUGAGCUGAAGAGUAGGAUGGAUAGGGGACAUUAUCAGCUUAAAGGUAUAGACGAUCCCCAUGUUGCAUCUUCUUUGUUCAAAUUAUGGUUACGCGAACUAGAAGAUCCCAUUAUCCCUUCAAGUCUAUAUAACGAUGCUUUAUCAGCCUCGAAAACAUCCGAAGAAUCGAUCGAUUUCUUGAAGAGAUUACCUAUAUAUAAUCGAAGGGUAUUGAUAUUUGUGAUCAGCUUUAUUCAACUGUUCAUGCAAGACGAUGUGGUCAGAGUGACCAAGAUGACUCCGGGUAAUUUGGCUCUAGUAAUGGCACCUAACAUCUUACGAACGACUUCCAACUCACUCAUCACGGUAUUUACCAAUUCAUCAUUCGAAUCGAAAUUCAUCUUGCAAUUAUUAGAAAAUCUAGAUACGGCUAGGGUAGAUGAGGAUUACGUACCUAGUCAUGGUCAACCGAUAGGAAGGAUUUGA